UUUCUUUAAAACAAGCCUGUAAAAGAUGAUCAUCACACCUUUAUAAAUGACACUGAAUUCAACCGUAAUUUGUUUGAAAACAAUGUCGAAAGGACCCUCUCUUUUAAUGGAAAAAAAACAAAUCUCUUUGUGGGGGGAAAAUAUUUUUUAUUGUAUUCAUUUAUUUAUUUUGUUACCAAGUAAUAAAGAUUAAACGAGGCCAGAGACACUUCUAUAUAUUUCUAAAGAGGAAAGUGAAAGACGAUCCGUUUAGAACCUUUGAGCUAGGGGAAAUGAAAAAACAAGAUUUUACAUUUUUAAUAAGAUAUUUUAUAGUAUUUUAAAAAAGCAUAUAAAACCCGUAAUAUAGUUAAUGUUUUGUCUGAAAUGGACAAAGUGGGUGGUACCUUCUAGUGUUCGAGUAAGCUCCAGCACGUGACGUGGAAAUGACCAAUCAGGUGCACCUCCAGGUUUAACUACGUUAAAUGUCAGAUUGCAAUAAACUAGAAGCUGUUGGUCUGGCCCGCGGAAAUGGGCGAGCAUAAUCUUCUUAAUCCUGGGUUUGUGGGACCUUUGGUAAACAUCCACACUGGAGACAGGUUUUACUUCCCGAAUUUUAGAGCCUCAGGGGGACAGCUGGCGGGGCUACCGUCUCUCUCGUACCCUAGAAGGGACAAUGUUUGCUCUCUCCCGUGGAAUCCAUCGGAGUCCUGCAAUGGAUAUCCUCAGUCUUACUUUAGCAGUUCCGUAUCCAUUAACCCCUCUUUUAAUCGAUCUUGUGAAAUAACCCGACUGGAGGAAAGCAAGUGUUAUUAUGGCAAUUCCAGCAGCACCAGAGAGCCGUGUUCAGAAAGCAACAAUCUUAAAGGAGAGGAGCGAGCAAGAGAUGCAUCAUUAUCGUCUGAUCACGGGAUGCACAAUGGGAUGGGCAACAGUGGCACCUUCUCAAAGUAUGAUUAUGGCACCGAGCAUCUGACCCAAGACCCGCCAUCCUGUCAGUCCUUGGAGUCCGACUCCAGUUCUUCAGUGCUAAACGAAGGGGGAAAGGCUUCAGCAGGCGACCCACAAACCCUGGUAUCGCAGGGAAACCACGCAAGCAAUAUCGCCACUGGCGGAGGUGCCCCGUGGUACCCGAUGCACACUCGGACCCGCAAGAAGCGAAAGCCCUAUUCCAAACUGCAGCUGGCCGAGCUUGAGGGAGAGUUCAUGUUGAACGAGUUCAUCACCCGGCAGCGACGUAGGGAGCUGUCUGACAGGCUCAAUCUCAGCGACCAACAGGUUAAAAUUUGGUUCCAAAAUCGGCGGAUGAAGAAAAAGAGACUGUUGCUAAGGGAGCAUGCGUUGUCCUUCUUUUAAGGAGGCACAAAAUAUAGGCUACAUUGCUUAAUGGUAGUUCAACAACAGUAUUUAGUGAAUGGUAAUCUACCAUUGACCCAUUUUACUCUGAAAGUCUUGCACCACGAUACCUUCAGAAAAAUCAAAUAAGAAUUCAAACACAGUUGGGGUACGCGACCAAAUGAUGGCUCCAGAAGUCUGCUUAUUCAAUGUGGUCUAUGUGGUGUUUAUCUAAAAGGGUUCGUGCCCACCAAUUUUGGGCAUGUAUAUGGUGGGAAUGUUUAAGUUUUGAUAGUAACAAGCUGUCUGAGCCAUGACUCACUUUAUUAAGUAAUGAACUACUAGUUAGAAACUCAGAAAAAUAUAAGCUGUGAGAUAGCAUUUCGGACAAGUAAAAUGUUUUCUUAUCAGUCUGAAAUUAUUGCUAAAUAUUUAUUGUCGGAGUGUUAAAACGAUUUUUGAAAUUAUAACAACCCUCGUGCCAUGAUCAGUGUUCUAAGCUAGAAAGAAAAAUGGACUGAAACGCCAUACUUGGUCAUAAUGAGAAUCCUUAACUGUUCGCAAUCUCGCAUCUAUGUUUUUAUUUUGCUAGUUAUCUCUAAGAAAGGCCCUUUCAAGCUCAGUACUAGACAGUAAGAAGCGUGGGCAGCGUUAAGCCAUCAACGUCUUAUCUCCUUUCCGCAGUCACCGCCACGUGUUCUAUGGCACGUUCACGGUCACGGGCAAAAAGUUAGUGACCCAACUCAUAUCUUGCGCCCUUGAGAACCAAACUGCAAUUACAGAGCAGCCUUUAUGAACAGACUUUGAUCUAGCCUGUGAAAUGUCUUUCUGACAAAUGUUAGGAGAUUUAUUUCUACUGGAUAUUGGUAAAAGUGUACAUUUGUAGGCCUGCAACUAUAUGCCGCACAAACUGCUAAUAAAAUAUUUAAUCAUGGCAUAGUGAAAAACUAUAGGCGACUCUAUCAUAUUUGCAUUUUAACAACAUAAAUUUUCCAUUAAUGAUUGCUUGUCCCUUGAUCUGCGUUAUUUGGACAUAUCCGCUUACCUAGUUAAUUAAGUCACAACAACAAUGCUUCUGGGAGAGAAAUGCAUGGUCAAGUAUUAUUAAGAAAAAGCGCAAUUAUAAAUUAAAACAAAGAUUAAGUAAUUUAUAAGUGUAUUGGAAGUAGUAAUUAUACUGAAGAGACCAGAUCUAAAUCCUAAUAUUCACAAGCCUGUUUUGCUAAUUAGCGGGACCCAUUGUGUUAUUUGAAACAUCAUUUUCCCAGAUCAUGGAUUAUAUGCCAGUGAAAUAUUUCAUAUUUGCUGCAUGAUUACAAUGACUGUAGUUAGAAGG